AUGAGCACUCCCAAACGCACAAUCAAUGGAGAUGGGAUUGAGCUGCAUCUCGCAACAAACCAUAUCGGGCAUUUCUUGCUCACGAAUCUCAUCAUGCCCAAACUAUUCCAGGCACCGAAGAUUAGCCCCAAAGGAGCAACAAGUGUGGUCAACGUCAGCUCUGGCACAGCUGAAGUGGCCGGUAUUAGAUGGAGCGAUAUCGGCUUUGAAAAGAAGUCCAAGGAGAGGAACGCCCAAACCACGAGGUCCUCGAAGUCUGGGGAAUCCACGAUGGGCCCAAUACGGCGUACAUACCAUUUAUGGCAUACGCACAAAGCAAGGCGGCGAAUGUACUAUUCGGCAUUGGGCUCUCCAAAAGACUAUACAACAGCCACGGCAUAUUGA